AUGACCCUAAUUCAGGGUGCUAUUGGUGAAACGGUCGGCAAGUUCAUACAACUUGUUACAACUUUCUUCGGUGGGUUUGUGCUGGCAUUCAUCAAAGGCUGGCUUCUAACUCUCGUUAUGCUUUCUACUAUACCACCAUUUGUUGCUGCUGGUGGAAUUGUCGCAAAGAUGCUAUCCAAAAUAUCUAGCGAGGGCCUAGAGUCAUACAGUGAUGCAGGCGAUAUUGUUGAACAAACAAUUGGCUCCAUAAGAACGGUUGCUUCCUUCAAUGGUGAAAAGAAAGCCAUUACCCUGUACAACAAUCUCAUAAAGAAGCAUGAAAUUCUUUUAACUGUUUGGGACAGAAAUUUAGGUGAUGCAACCCCCUGCAUAGCUUCCUUUGAGGAAGGAAGAGUUGCGGCUUACAGAUUGUUCAAAACAAUCAAAAGGAGACCAGAAAUUGACUAUGGGGAUAGCACUGGCAUUGUGUUAGAGGACAUCAAGGGUGAAGUAGAACUGAAGGAUGUAUUCUUCAGCUACCCAAGCAGGCCAGAUCAACUGAUAUUUAAUGGAUUUUCAGUGCAUGCAUCAAGUGGCACGAUAAUGGCCAUAGUCGGGGAGAGUGGGAGUGGGAAAUCAACUGUGAUCAAUCUGGUCGAGAGAUUUUAUGAUCCACAGGCUGGAGAAGUUUUAAUUGAUGGGAUGAACAUCAAAGGUUUCAAGCUAGAAUGGAUAAGGGGAAAGAUUGGCCUUGUUAACCAGGAACCACUGCUUUUUAUGACGUCCAUCAGGGAGAAUAUUACCUAUGGAAAAGAGGACGCAACCCUUGAAGAAAUCAAGACAGCAGCUGAGCUCGCAAAUGCAGCAACAUUCAUUGAGAACUUGCCUGAUGGUUAUGAAACAACAGUUGGACAACGGGGUGCUCAGCUUUCUGGGGGACAGAAGCAGAGGAUUGCGAUCGCGAGAGCCAUCCUUAAAAACCCAAAAAUUCUUUUGCUUGAUGAAGCAACUAGCGCAUUGGAUUUGGAGUCUGAAAGGAUAGUCCAAGAUGCAUUAAAUAGGAUCAUGGUGGGGAGAACCACACUUGUUGUGGCGCACCGUUUGAGCACUGUAAGAAAUGCUCACUGCAUCUCAGUUGUUUCUAAAGGAAAACUAGUAGAACAAGGACAUCAUGAUGAAUUAGUAAAGGAUCCUGAUGGAGCAUACUCUCAGCUUAUACGGCUGCAAGAGAAACAACAAGAAAAUGGCCGCAUGUCAGAUGCUAGAUUAUCAGGCUCAGCAUCUAAAAGGAGUGGGUCACUCAGACGAUCAAUAAGUAGAAGUUCAGCAGGGAGCAGCCGUCAUUCUUUAAGCCUUCCCUUAGGUAUUCCUGGACCCACUGAACUAAUGGAGUAUAACUUUGGACAAGGUGCCAGACAAAUCGAAAAUAUUGAUGACAAGGUACCAAACAAAGCACCAAUGGGACGCCUAAUUAACCUAAACAAACCAGAGACUGCAGUUCUUCUGUUUGGGUCUAUUGCAGCAGCAAUUGACGGAGCUGUCUUUCCAACACUUGGUUUAGCAAUGGCUAGUGCUUCCAAAAUAUUUUAUGAACCACCAGACCAGCAGCGCAAAGAUUCUAUCCUUUGGGCAUUACUGUGUGUUGGCCUCGGUGCAACUGCUAUGAUAUCAAAGAUAGUAAAUAGUUUUCUUUUUGCAAUAGCUGGUGGGAAGCUUAUACAACGAAUCCGCGCUUUGACAUUUGAAACCAUGGUGCACCAAGAAGUUGCUUGGUUUGAUUAUCCUGAAAAUUCGAGGCAAGUAAUCUAUAUUUCAAUCUAUUCAUGGGACCAAACAAUCUAUAUACUGACAGUCAUUUGCAUUAUUAACAGUGGGGCACUUAAUGGAAGGCUAUGUAUCGAUGCACUUAAUGUAAGACGUCUAGUGGGAGAUAACUUGGCCUUAAUUGUCCAAAGUACUGCAACACUUACUUGUGGAGUAGUAAUCGCAUUGAUAGCGGACUGGAAGCUUUCAUUGGUAAUCUUAUUGGUAAUCCCUUUAAUGGGUCUCCAAGGUUAUGCUCAAGUGAACUUCCUACGGGGGUUCAGUCAAGAUGCCAAGACAAUGUAUGAGGAAGCAAGUCAAAUUGCAACUGAAGCAGUUGGUAGCAUCAGAACAGUAGCAUCUUUUUGUGCCGAGGAGAGAGUGAUGGACAGAUAUAAUCAGAAAUGCCAAGCUUCUAGGGAUCAGGGAAUUCGAACUGGAAUAGUUGGAGGCCUUGGUUUUGGUUUCUCAUAUAUGAUGCUAUACGCCAGUGCCGCUCUUUGUUACUAUGUUGGUGCAAAGUUUGUUAGUCAGGGAAAAUCCACUUUUGGUGAUGUCUUCAAGGCUUACUUUGCUUUAGUUAUGGCCAUGAUUGGAGUGUCACAAACAAGUGCUAUGGCUUCUGACUCAGCUAAGGCAAAUGAUUCUGCUAUUUCCAUAUUUUCAAUAUUAGAUAGAAAAUCCUUAGUUGAUUCCAGCAGUGAAGGUUCCACCUUGGAGAAUGUCAAGGGUGACAUUGAUUUUAAGCAUGUCAGCUUCAAAUAUCCAUCCCGUCCUGAUGUUCAAAUUUUCACUGACUUCACCUUAAGCAUUCCCUCUGGAAAGACAGUUGCGCUUGUUGGUCAAAGUGGUAGUGGCAAGUCCACGGUCAUAUCUUUGUUAGAGCGCUUCUAUGAACCCGACAGUGGUGUGAUUUUAUUAGAUAGAGUGGAAAUUAGUAGUCUAAAGGUCAGCUGGUUGAGGGACCAGAUGGGAUUGGUAAGCCAAGAACCAGUGCUUUUCAGUGGAACAAUCCGUGACAAUAUAGCUUACGGAAAGCAUGAAGAGGUAACAGAAGAAGAGAUUGCCGCAGCUGCUAGAGGAGCCAAUGCCCAUGAAUUCAUCUCAAGCAUGCCACAGGGGUACAAUACAACUGUUGGAGAGAGAGGAACACAACUUUCAGGUGGCCAAAAACAGCGAAUAGCUAUCGCGAGAGCAAUCUUGAAGGACCCAAAGAUACUUCUUCUGGACGAGGCAACAAGCGCAUUAGAUGCUGAAUCAGAGAGCAUCGUGCAGGAUGCAUUAAAUCGUGCUAUGGUUGGCAGGACAACUGUCAUUGUGGCACACCGCCUCUCAACAAUCCAAGGAGCUGAUAUGAUUGCUGUCCUAAAGGAUGGCGCAAUUGUGGAAAAAGGAAGACAUGGGACGCUGAUGGGCAUUGCUGGUGGAGCUUAUGCUUCACUUGUGGAGCUUCGCACCGUGUAA